CAGGCACCGCCUCCUCUUCUCUCCGCCUCGCCGCAGGCCACCGCCCGUUUCUCCUCCUCUGCUCCUCCUCGGCUGCCUGAUUAGGGGACGGGGGCGGUAGCCGCGGCGAGGCGGUCGCAGGGGGAGCGAUAAGGCAGGAGGUAGACCUCAGAGCUCUGCGGGUUGAGGCUUCUUCUCGUCCUCCUUCUCCUGCGUGUGGGUGUUGAGGCGCGGCCAUGGUGAAGGUGUCGUUUAACUCCGCGUUGGCGCAGAAGGAGGCGGCGAAGAAGGAGGAGGAGAACAGCCAGGUGCUGAUCCUGCCGCCGGACGCCAAGGACCCCGAGGAUGCUGCUGUGCCUGUUGGGCAGAGGAGGGCCUGGUGCUGGUGCAUGUGCUUUGGCUUGGCCUUUAUGCUGGCUGGUGUGAUCCUGGGUGGUGCCUAUCUGUACAAGUAUUUUGCAUUUCAGGGUGGUGUCUAUUUCUGUGGAAUAAAGUACAUUGAAGAUGGCUUAAGUUUACCUGAGGCUGGGGCAGAGGCUCAGAGUGCUCAUUACCACACAAUUGAGCAAAACAUUCAGAUCCUGGAGGAGGAAGAUGUCGAGUUUAUCAGCGUGCCAGUCCCCGAGUUUGCUGAUAGCGACCCCGCUGAUAUCGUCCACGACUUCCACCGGAGACUCACUGCCUAUCUUGACCUUAGCCUGGAUAAGUGCUAUGUGAUUCCUCUGAACACUUCAGUUGUGAUGCCACCAAAAAAUUUCCUGGAGCUGCUCAUCAACAUCAAGGCUGGAACAUACUUGCCUCAGUCCUACUUGAUUCACGAGCAGAUGAUUGUGACAGACCGCAUCGAGCACGUGGAUCAGCUGGGCUUCUUCAUUUACCGCCUCUGCCGCGGCAAGGAGACCUACAAACUGCAGCGCAAGGAAGCCCUGAAAGGAAUUCAGAAGCGCGAAGCCACCAGCUGCCGGAAGAUUAGGCACUUUGAGAACAAGUUUGCUAUGGAAACCCUCAUCUGUGAACAGUAAUCCCCUUCUUCCAGGAGACUUAAGAACUACAGUAUGACCCCACCCUCUGUAUUGUGUGCAGUGAUCAGUUUUUUUAAUACCUUCUUUUAUGUAAGUAGUGGAGAGAGCUUUGUUGCUGAGCACCUUCCACACCUCUCAUCUCACGACGCCCGGCAAACCCGUGUCUUAGUUUUCCCCCCCCUGCCUCCCCUUACUUUCAGGUGUGGUGUUCUUCCAUUUUAAUAGCAGAUGUAUAAAAGACUUAGUUGCUAGUGCAUUUCACGUGCUCAGCCUUGAAUGCUGGGAAGAGGAAGAGUCUUUGGAAUAUCCCCCAGUUUUUAAUCCAGGGAAGCUGGACAGAAUCAUUAAUGUACAAACGGACUGCGAGAGCCGCUCCUGGCUGUAAUCUCACCUGCUAGAGAGUUGGUUACAGCACAUAGACAACCCUGCAUUUGACUUUCCCUAACACAAGUGCAAUUUGUUUUCCAGAAUCCUGUCCUAUUGACCUUUUUAGAUUGAUUUCUGACCUGGGUGUUUGCUGUAACAACCUUUUAGAGACUUCAGCAGUAACUUAUGUUACUAACUUGUAUAUAAUCCAUGUACGUGCGAUGGAAAAUAAACCUUAUAGACCUGUUUGUCUAAAAGCCUGGUG